UGUUUAGAAAAAGUUUAUCUUUGAAAACAAGCACAAAUAACAUUAAAGAGUUCGGAAACUAUAAUUAAACUGGUGCAUUUUUUAAAAACACAAGAUUAUGGCAGAUUUGGAUGAUUCAGGAUGUGCAUUCACUAUAAAAUCAGAGCACGAAGACGGCUCUUUUUUAAUCAAAAUUGAAAAUACUGAAGUGUUUGAUCCAGAUGAUUUAGGAAGCGACUCGAAUAGUGUUGAUCAGUUCAGAUCACAGACGGAAAAGUUGGCCAAAAAAACUUUAGCUGAAGAAAUGUCCAAUACGUCUGCCCGUCAGAAAAAAGAUAGCAACAAACGUACAUUGAGCCAGAUUGCUUCAGAAUAUAUACUAACAAAAGACAAAUUUUAUCACUGCUGUAUUGAUGAGCGUAGUGGUUGCAGGUAUGUUCAGCGACAUUUAGACAUCAACAAUUUCGUCAGGCAUUUUAGAACUCUUCACCGGCAAAGAGCAUAUAAAAUUGGGCUCAUUAAGGAUGACUCGGCAAUAGUUGCUAAGAAAAGGCGUAUUAUUCCAAGAAAACCAAUAGCCAUCGACGUACAAAGCGUGCUGGAGGCAUGUCUUAAAUUAGUGACCUAUCACAAUCUUCCCCUGAAAUGUUUCGAAUGGUCCGGUUUCCGUCUAUUGUUAGAUCCUAUUUCCGAAGCCCUAGGUAUGCGUAUUAGUCAAACGGACAUCAAAUCACAUCUGCAUACCGCUGCGAAACAAGUAAUAGAUCAAAUAAAAACUGAAAUGAUGAACAAGCUUGUGUCAAUCAAAAUCGACUCUGUUUCUCGGCAUGGUCGUCAUGUGUUGUCUGUGAACGUUCAAUAUGAAAACAACCGAGAGAUAGUGAUGCACACUUUGAGCGUAAUUGAAGUUGAAGAGGAUCCAAUCGCUAAAAAUCUUAAAUGUAAAGUGGAUAAUGUUUUCCUUCGCUAUGGCCUAGCAAGGGAUCAAAUUUUUAUAAUUGUUAUUGACAAUGGAGCUAGCAUAUUUUCGGGCGAAAAACAUCGUCAGAAACUAUUUUCUAACGCAAUGUUCACUAACGAGUUAGUGAAAGUAGACAAUUUCAAUGAUUCAUUGAAAGAGGAAGAGUUACUGAAAGAUUUAGUAAAAGAACUUUCUCAACAAUAUUUCGUAGUUCGAGGCGCCAUACAUAUACUUCAAACAGCUCUCAAUGAUGUUGUUCAGGAGUCAGAUUCGUUCAUUACGCAAAUAACAGACUUUGCAAUCUCCUUAAAAAAGGCUAAAUAUACAGAUGAGUUUAGUCGCAGUAAGGCGAUUUAUCCUCCCUCGUGUUCACCUUCAAUGUGGAAUGGGAAAUACGCAAUUAUAGAGUGCAUUGUUAAACAAGAGAAUUUUUUUACUUCCUUAAGCCGUACAUUUCCAGAACUUAAGUUAACUAGCGCAACAUGGCAGUUCAUGAAAGAAUAUUUAGCUGCAUUUAUGCCAACGUACAAUGUCAUCAUGUUGAUGCAAAAUGAACAUCGUCCUUUCUCUGAUUUUUAUAUGCAGUGGUUGGUAGCAAUAAAAGAUGUGCGAAGUCUAUCCAACAACAGAUUCUCAAAACCAUUGGUCGAGUCGCUUACGAAGAGAUUGGGCGCUUUGAAAGAAAAUGUCGUGUUCAAAGCUGCUCUUUACUUAGAUCCUCGCUUCAAUUAUUUGAACUCGGCUGUGUUCACUAUUGCAGAGAAAAUCGAGAUACAGAACUACAUUAUAGAUCUAUUCAACAAAAUCGGAAAUGCUAAGCCGACAGGAUCGUCUUCUACUAUGGUAGAAUCAGAAGCUACCAAUUCUUCCAAGGACGACAUGGAUGAUUUUCUAACUGAAAUGUUUGGAGGAACGCUAGAAACUUCAGAAACUGCUUUGAGAAACCAAAAUUCCCCACUUCUUCAGAUAAUCAAAGUAUUAGAAAUCGAACCAAGACAGCCGCACAACUACGAUGUUUGGAAGCAUUGGCUGCUGAACCAGGCUAACAAUCCGGAGCUUUUUGCGGUGGCUAUGGUUGUACUGGCCACACCGUCGAAUUUUAUUCCGAUUGAAAGGGCUGUAAGCACCUUAGCUGUACUCAUGUCCGAUGUGGAUGAUGGAAAUAAGGAACAGACGCUAGAGGAUAUAUUACUCGUGAGACUAAACCAAGGUGUAUUCGACAGGCUAAACCUUACAAAAGAGAACAGUGAUUACCAAGAAUCUAGCGAUACUGGCACCUAAGCAACCCAACGCAUUUCAAUUGCAUGUACAUAAAUAAUGUGAACCAUACCAUCAAACACUAUUAUUCUUAUUAUUGCAUAGGGUCUUUUUCUAAUUCCCGUCGUAAUAAGUAAAGCUAUUCUAAUUUUCAUCAUUUGCUGGAUGGAUUUAAUGAAUACUCCAAAAGUUUUUGUGCUGAUUUGACUAAAACACACUUACCUUCCGAUCCGUGAACUUUCAAAUCACUGAAA